AAACGGAAGGGCAGCUUUUGUGAAGCAGCCCCAUUCUCUGGCAGGAGGCAGUAUUUAGCGAGAGAGCAGAGGUUGUGAUAGGAAACAAACGUACCUCCGUGGUUCGUCUUUUGUUUUCCUUUCCUUUUUUAUUUCGAUUUUAUUUUCAUUUUUUGUGCAACAAAUGGGUUUUUAUUACUGCAGAAUAAGCCGAAAUAUUGUUUGUAAACCACCAAGCCACUUUUUAUUUCUGUCCAGCGGCUGCAUUGAAUUAGGCGGAAUUACAGCUGCAAUCUUUGCCUGCGAUGAAAGGGACUGAAUGAAUUUCGAUACUUUCCCCUGUGGCCGCCGCAAGCAUUCAGGCAGGAUGGGAAACAACGACCCCCUGUAAAUGCAUGCUCUUUUGUGUUACCGAGGAUCAUUAAAAAAGGGAAAACGAACACUAAUUCAGUAUUUUUAGAGAUUGCGCUUUUUGUAUUUUACCAGUCAUUUAUUCGAUCGGUGAGGGCUAUGAAGAAUGUUUUUUAAAAAUGAGGAAGCUGUUUUUGAAAGAGAUAUUAAAAUGCACAGGCCCGGUGUGCUGUAGGCCCGGAGGAUCCGGAUUAAAAAGGGGGGAAAGUGUGAAAAGCGGCUGCAUGAAUAAAAGGGGACGGGACACGUGAGCGGAGAGGAUCGCUGUUUGCUCCAUGACGGCGGCCGCGCGGCGCCCCGGUCUUUCCCAUCAAAACGGCGACUGUUCAAUGGAAGUAUGCUAUCAGUUGCCGGUUCUGCCCCUGGAUCGGCCGGUUCCCAAGCAUGUCCUCAGCCGGAGGGGAGCCAUCAGCUUCAGUUCAUCCUCGUCUCUCUUCGGGGGCCCCGAUCCCAGGAAACUGUCACAGAGACGGGGCGGUAUCUCCUAUGACAGCUCCGACCAGACGGCGCUCUACAUCCGCAUGCUCGGAGAUGUGAGAAUCAGAAGCCGGGUGGGUUUCGAACCAGAACCGAGAUCCUCUCAUCCGUACCUGCUUGUGGACUUCCGGCUUCUGCACUACCGACCCGGGCGCGCGGGGCCGGUUUCGGCCCGGGGUGUCCGCAGGCUGCUGAGCUUCCAGAGGUACCGUCAUCCGUCGCGGUCUGCGUGUCGCCAGCCGAACCGCAGCCAGCUGUGUGUCCUAGAUCAGGACUACGCCGGCCAAGCUAAGUGCAUGCUGGAAAGGGCUGGAAGCUGGAGCUUUGACAUAUUUCUCUUCGACCGAUUAACAAACGGAAAUAGCCUUGUCACCCUGACGGCUCACCUGUUCAACCAUUACGGAUUAAUUGAGCUCUUCCAGUUAGACAUGGUCAAGCUCCACAGAUUUCUAGUAAUGAUUCAGGAGGACUACCGUCGUCAGAACCCAUACCACAAUGCCGUUCACGCCGCCGACGUGACCCAGGCCAUGUACUGUUACCUGCAGGAGCCCAAGCUCGUCUCCUCUCUCACAUCAUUCGACAUCCUUCUGGGGCUCCUGGCCGCUGCCACCCAUGACCUCGACCACCCUGGGGUUAACCAGCCGUUCCUGGUCAAGACGCAGCACUACCUGGCAGCCCUGUAUCAGAACUCCUCUGUUCUUGAGAACCACCACUGGAGGUCGGCAGUGGGUCUGCUCCGUCAGUCCGGGCUGCUGGACCACCUACCAGCCGAGGACAGGCAGAGCUUAGAGAGACGAUUGGGAUCCCUGAUUCUAGCCACUGACAUCAACCGUCAGAACGAGUACCUGUCCCAGUUCAGGAGCCACCUGGACCGUGGCGACCUCAAUCUGGAGAACUCGGCCCAUCGGCACCUCAUCCUCCAGAUGGCGUUGAAGUGUGCUGAUAUCUGCAACCCCUGCAGGCCCUGGGAGCUCAGCAAGCAGUGGAGUGAGAGGGUGACUCAGGAGUUCUUCCAGCAGGGUGACGUAGAAAAGAAACACAAUCUUGAAGUCAGCCCAUUUUGUGACAGCCAGUCAAACACAAUCGCCGAUAUCCAGACCGGGUUCAUGUCCUAUGUAGUGGAACCGCUGUUCAGCGAGUGGGCCCGGUUCUCCAACACACAGCUUAGCCGCGCCAUGCUACGCCACCUGGACCUGAACAAGGCCCACUGGACAGAUGAGAUGGACCCCAAAACACACCCUCAGGGAAACCAAGGGUCAUGACCCCCCACCCAAGGGUCACGACCCCCCACCACACGCACGCAGACUCGGCCAACCACUGGGGAGGAGUUAUCCAUGUAGCACUGAUCAGCCACUAUAAGCAUCCAUGGGAAUGGCUUUGUCGUAAUUUUCAACUCCCAGCUCUGUAAAACACUGAUUUAUUUAUUCAUUUUAACCCAUGUCCUUUACAUAGAGCAAUACAUAUAUACCUCAUGUUUCA